AUGGCAAUUCUCUCGCCCCCUCUCUCUCCUACCCCUUUCCUCCCGUGCCUGUGCGCACCAUCUCCAGAUGGUGGACGACAACGCUCUCUUUUCUCUCAACCUCUCUCUCUCCACUACCCCUUCUCCACUGCCCCUUCUCCACUACCCCUUCUCCACUGCCCCUUCUCCACUACCCCUUCUCCACUGCCCCUUCUCCACUACCCCUUCUCCACUGCCCCUUCUCCACUGCCCCUUCUCCACUACCCUCUCUCCACUACCCUCUCUCCACUACCCUCUCUCCGCUACCCUCUCUCCACUACCCUCUCUCCACUACCCUCUCUCCACUACCCUCUCUCCACUACCCUCUCUGCACCACCCGGGCAUGUCCCUCUCUCUGCCUCGCAGGUGGUGGACGACAACGUGAUCAACCGGCGGGUGGCAGCGAGCACACUCACACGACACGGGGCGGAGGUGGUGGACGACAACGUGAUCAACCGGCGGGUGGCAGCGAGCACACUCACACGGUACGGGGCGGAGGUGGCGCUGGCAGAGUCGGGCGAGGCGGCGCUGCGCCUGCUGCAGGCAACCCACUCCUUCCGCCUCGUGCUCAUGGACCUCCACAUGCCGGGCCUUGAUGGGUACGAGACGGUCACUCGGCUGCGUGGCCUGGAGCGGGAGUCAUGGGGUGGGGAGGCAGGGGGUGAGGGGCGUGUGAGGGUGGUGGCCAUGUCAGCAGACAUAGACAGCACUGUGGUAGCACGAGCUGCUCUGGUGGGCAUGGAUGGGGCAGUGCAGAAACCACUCAAUGAAAACCAACUCUUGGCUGUCGCAGACUCUGCCCAAUCCCCGCUCUACACGUUGCGCUUGCCAUACUUUACCAGUACCAGCCCGCAUAAGAGUCCCGCCACGACGUCUGCAGACCUGGAGUCCACGUCAUACGUGUCCCUCGAUUUAUCCGUUCCUUCCUGGUGGCUUCCGGUCGCCCAUGAAAUUGCUUUCGUCGGUGACGCAGCAGAGUUAACGGAAGUCAAGGCGACGGAGGCACGGGCAGCUAAGGUCGACAGCGAUUGCGACGAAUGCUUUCUAGUGCUUGGCGGGUCUGUUGUUGACGGGGAUAGGCGACAGGCCGUGCCGGUUACUCGCCUUGAAUUGCUCAACGAGCGCUUGCAGACGAUUGAACGGCGCGCGGGCGCGCUAGAUGAGCUCCUGGUGGCGAUCCGACGGCUGGCGGAGAAUCUAAAAGCGUCGCGAGGCUCAGGAGGCUCGGAGAAGGGUGGAGAAGACAAGAAGAAGGAUGACUACGGUGGUGCUGGAAAGGGGAGAAGAAGCGGGAGUGGUGGGCAAGAUGGUUCUGAAGGGAAUGAUGGGGAUUCGGUAAUGGAAAUGGAGGUGGGCGGUGUGGUGAGCAACGUCAGAGCGCUCGCAGCUCUAGGCCUCUCCACUUCCUCUCCCAUCGUCAUCACUCUGUACUUUGCCGACCAUGCCUGGCGCCUCCGCGCCUCGCACCCACACCAGCAGCACCACCACCACCAGCGGCGGCAGCAGAGUGGUGGGGAAGAGGCGGCGUCCUUUCCAGAGCCUUCGCGGGUGGUGGUGUCGCAGCCAGCGGCAGAGGCGGGGGAAGGAGGAGAGCCGGGCAGCAGCAAGGGGGAGCAGAGGAGGCAGCGGCGGCAGGUUCUGAUGCGAGUUCUUCUGGAGCAGUGCGUGGGGCACUCGAGGAGCAUCAGCAAGGAGUCGCUUGUCGCUCCCGUUUCCGCCGCCGCGGCUGCUGCGGACGCUGCUAUUGCUAGCAAAAACGGCGGCAGUGGCAAGGGUGGUAGCGCGGGGAGCGCCAGUGUUUUACCUGGGAUGAGCGAGACUGCAAUGCGUGCCACGUUGAAAAGGCUGGGCGGUUCGGAUCCGGCAAAGACGGAAGCAGCAGCACCCGGCGCUUCACACACUUCUGCGUCGACCCGGGUGGGCGAGGGGUGGAGUGUGCAGCAGGCAUUGGAAGCGCGGGUGCUGCAAGUGGUGGAGCAGGCAGACGAGCGCGUGGGGCAGGAGGCAGCAUGCCGCGUAGGCGUGGACUCUCUUGUUCCCGCCGCUGUCACCGCCUUCUUUAAAGCCCGCCACUCGCACGCGGGGGAAACGGGAGGAGGAGGAGCGCAGGGGAGACAGGGGGAUAUGGGGAAUGCGUUUGUAGGGUUGCUGGUGCAUGUGUCUCGGCAGCUGCAGGCGGUGUGUGAGAAGUGUGUGAUCUGCGGGCAAGCGCUGGCGCUCAAGACGCAGCGAGUGCGGCCGUGCACGGACGACUUUUGCCUGUACCGCUUUGAAGAACUGGGUCUGGCGUCUGACAUUCUUUCUGAGCUGCGAUCGCACCCCCUCGCCGUGCAUCUGGACGUUUCCCUUGCUCUCGCGGCCUCCCAGGCCAGCAACCGGGACCCGACUCACUCUGCUCAAACUGGACGGCGCUCCAGACACCACCAACCAAUCCCCACAGCAGCAGCAGCAACAGCGCCCACAGGACAACAAGCGCCAGAGCAAGCAGCAGCAGCAGCAGCAGCAGCAGCAGCAGCAGCAGCAGCAGCAGCAGCAGCAGCAGCAGCAGCAGCAGCAGCCGAAGGCAUACCCCUCAGUUUGAACGAGCGCCCGUCUCCCGUGCCUUGGGGUGAAGGAGGCGAGUGGGCAUGUGCAGGGCUGCCCCUCUCCUCGUGCCACCAGCUCGCAGUCUUUGCUGACGGCUGCCCCAAGCAGGCCCGCUUCGAACGCCUCCGCCAAUCCAUGGGCUCCUUUUUCGCCUUCCACGGCAGUGCCACCCACAACUGGUUCUCCAUUCUGCGCAACGGGUUGCGCAGCAUGAGCAACACAGGGUAUAUGUCUGCUGGGGCUGCGUAUGGUCCGGGAAUCUACCUCUCCCCGCAUUUCGAAACCUCGUAUGGGUAUUCUGGGCGUGGGUAUGCGGAGGGGAAUGGGGGGGUUUGCUGUGUGGCGAUUUGCGAGGUGGUGCAUUCUCCUGCUGCUAGGGGUCGGCCGUGGGAGAGGAUUGCGCCAGGGCAUGGGAAGACGAGGGAGGAGCGGAUGUAUGAUGAGGAAACCACUGCAGGCCAGGAGCUGCAGCGUGGGAGUGCAAUAGUGGUGGUGAAUCCAGGGUACGAAGAGCAUGUGUGCAUACGUUUCCUCCUGCUACUCCCCCCAGGUUUCAACGCUGCCCAACAUGUGAAACAUGUGACAGCCGGCACGGCAGGAACAGGCUCUGCAGCGGGAGGAACAGGUGGUGCUGCUGCUAGUCGCUGGGCUGGUUAUGUGAGGGGAAAUGAUGGUGAAGCAACAAACGCAAUUCAGAAGGAGCAUCGAAACAUGAUGAGGCUCCAGACUCGAGGCAACGACUCCCUGCCCACCGGCUCCUUCACCCUUCAUCUUCCUAACGACGCAGACCUCUACGUCUGGCGCGUGCGCCUCUCUCCACUCGUCUUCAAGGACACGCCCCUCCACUCAGAACUAGCUCAGAUCCAGCUCAGCACCACCACCACUCAUCAUCCUUCCAACCCUGAGGGAUCAGGGGCAGCAGCAGCAGCAACAGCAUCACCAGCACAGGGGGCAGGAGUGGAACUGGAGAUUCGGUUUCCGGGGGGGUUCCCUUUCGAACCACCGUUUGUGCGAGUGGUCUCUCCCCGCAUUGCCUUCCGCACCGGCCACGUCACCUUGGGAGGUUCUAUUUGCAUGGAACUCCUCACUCAGUCUGGCUGGUCGCCUGCCUACUCUCUCGAAUCACUCCUUGUGCAAAUCAUUGCAACUUUGGUUGAGGGAGAAGCAAGGGUGGAUCCGCAGUAUUUGCGCGCAGACAGGUGUGGGUGCAGGGAUGGUCCCCACGCAGGCGGGUGCUACUCUCUUGCUGAGGCUAAGGAAGCGUUUGUUCGGGUGGCUGGCAAUCAUGGUUGGAAGGUGUGA